AUGGCUAUAGCUUUUGCUUUACAGAUGAGUGGAAUUUUUCAAUUUGCCGUUCGAUCUCAAACAGAAUUGGAAGCUAAAUUGACAGCUGUUGAGCGUGUUACGCAUUAUUCAAAGACUAUCCAAGUUGAACCUGAAGAUGUUUCAUUGUCUAAUUCUCAAAAUCAAGUUUGGUUCAAAAAUGGAGAUAUUCAAUUCGAAAAUGUUUUUCUUCGUUAUCAUCCAAAUUUAUUGCCGGCUUUAAACAACAUUUCAUUUAAUAUACAAAGUGGCCAAAAGAUUGGAAUUGUGGGAAGAACUGGAUCUGGCAAAACGUCAUUAUGCAAUGCAUUAUUUAGACUAUAUCCUUUAGAGAGUGGAAAAAUUUUUAUUGGUUCAGAAGAUUUUUGUUCGGUUAGUAUUAGACAAUUACGGAGGUCAAUCUCUAUAAUAAUGCAGGAAGCUACUCUUUUUGAAGGCACAAUUCGUUUUAACAUUGAUCCAGAAAAUGUGUAUGAAAGUGAUGAUAAAAUUUGGGAAUGUUUAGAUAAAGCUGGAAUUUCUGAUUCGUUUAAAGCUUUCCCUGACCCUCUCGAUUUUUUGGUAGGAAGAAAUGGACGUAAUAUUUCUGCUGGGGAACGACAACUUAUUUGUUUAGCUAGAGUUUUGUUGAGAAAUACAAAAAUUGUCAUUCUUGAUGAGCCUACGGCUAAUAUUGAUAAGAGAACAGAUAUAUUACUUCAACAACGUUUAAAAGAAUUUUUUGCUUCACAAACAGUUUUAUUGGUAACUCAUAAACUUGAAAAUAUAGCUGAUGGGGCGCUAGAUUGUUUACUUGAAAUGGAGGAUGGAAAGGUCAAGUCUUUCCAAUCUUCAGCAGUCUCUUUGCAACAAGUAUUUUUUAAAUAA